AUGGUUGAACUCAAGCCAAUUUUCAGGAAGGCUUACUGGUCUCUCGCGGCUGGUGGACUGGUCUAUGUGCUUUUUAUCCUUUCUUUGACCUUCCCUGAAGUACAACGCUUUGUCCUCUAUGCCAACAAAAUCAAUCCUAGUCUGUGGCAGGAUGUCAAUCAGGUCGAGCAAUUUGGAUUCUCAAGAACCCAAGUCCAACCUUUCCAUUUGGUGACCCCUGACAAUGAAACAAUCUAUGGCUGGCACUUGAUGCCUUUACAUCUUUGCCUGGAACAUGAACAAGAGUUGAUGGACAAUGCGGCUUCGGGUCCAGCAGAGGACUACACUAAAACAGUGGCCCACAAGCUCCUCGCCAAUGACCCCAAUGCAAGAGUUGUUGUAAGCUUCCAUGGAAAUGCGGCGCAUCUGGGCUCUGCCAAUCGCCCUGCGACUUACAACACGCUACUCAGUUUGUCCACGCCGUCAAACCCGGUGCACGUCUUCGCAAUUGACUACCGUGGCUUCGGCGUUAGCACUGGAACCCCCACCGAAGAAGGACUUAUCACAGAUGGUGUAUCCUUGGUUAACUUCCUGACCGCAGGGGCGUUCAAGAUCCCCACUUCUCGCAUCGUCAUUAUGGGCCAGAGUCUUGGAACUGCGGUCACAGCCGCAGUCGCUGAGCGUUUUGCAUUCGGAUCGUCCGACCCCACAGCUAUUCAGCCAGCUGUCCAGAAUGCUGAGCCUUUUGCCGGCGUGAUCCUGCUGGCAUCCUUCAGCAGCUUGGCUAACCUCAUCCAAUCAUACAGCCUGAAAGGUAUUACACCACCCAUGCUGUCCCCUCUCAUGGGAUAUCCUCGGGUGCAGAAGUGGUUGCUCGGUAAAAUCGUGGACCGCUGGGACACUGGCCUGAGACUGGCACGUCUCACUGGUGUUAGUCCAGCAGAUGUGGAUGUUUCGGAGACGAAUUAUACCGACAAAAGCCUCGAUCUGACGAUUGUUCACGCCUUUGAUGAUGCUGAAAUUCCCUGGUAUGAGGGACGCCGCGUCUGGGUGGCCGCCACAGGCGAGAACAUUAAAGGUGGCCCUGGGGCUUUGACGUAUCACAAGACCGAGGACGGCAGCCCAAGUGAGAUCAAGAUCUGGAAGCAUGAUAUCCAGAACGGCGAUGGCACUGAGAUUGUGAAGACGGUCAGAUGGGAACGGAUUCGAUAUGGUGGUCACAAUCGGGUUGCAUCGGGCUCUCUGGCUGGUCUUGCUGUUAUGAGAGCUUUUGGAAAUUAA